AUGGGGCUCGACGGAACUACCAUUGCAGCCAUCGUUACGGGCAUUCUCGCAAUUGCAGGCGCAAUUGGAACUGCUUGGAUGUCAGGAUGGAACGAAGAACGAACCCAAGCCCGUGCGAACAAGAAGGCGCUUUCUCGAUACUCGGUUCCCCUCAUAAUCGCAGCCUGGGACCUGGCCAACUGGUUCUAUGACAUUCUGGAGGAGGAAAACUACACUCCAGAGCGAUGUGCAGCCUAUGGUAACGGCUGGACAGACAAAUUCACAUCCUACUUGCUUGGUCAAUACUUUGCCGGCGUUCACAUCGUUCGCGAGAUGACGCACUUCUUCGCGCAUAUCAAGGGUGAAGAGGCCGAGAUGCUGAAGAAGCUUCUCUGGAAAAUCCAAGAUGAGUUCAUUUCCAUGCAUUACGAUGGACGGGAAAACCUGGAGAUGCGCUGGUUCGAGGGCGACAUACUGGCUGCGCAAGAACAUUUGACUGAAGUUGUUCUUCAUGAUAGCGGGGAAUUUCCUCGAGAGCUGCGAACGAUUGGUUAUGUUGAAUUUCAGAAGAAGUAUGCGCCAGCCUCUGAACCUGGAAACGCCAAUUCGCCUGAGUUGUACAAGCUCUUCGAAUGGUACGAGGUCCAAUUCCAACGAAUCAUCUACCGCCGGUUCAAAAGCCUUUACACCGACAAAUGGACCACGAAAGAAAACCCUCAAGCAUACGAAACUUUGAAAGAGACCCUCGACAGCUACAACGGGAGGAAACUAGAGGGACAGCCUUUGAAAGCGUGCCCUGACAACCAAAAGAGGAGGAAGAGGUUAGACGAAGAGGAAAAGAGUAUCCAAAGAGAACGAGCACAGUACCCACACAUUAGCGUUAUAGUGCCCGAUCAUCGAGUACGGCGUCUUCAGCACCUGCUGAGCGAUCUCGUAGAGGUGCUGGACGCUUUCACUGCUAUGAAGCUUCACCGUCCCGUGCGAAAGUGCGAGAUGUCGGUGGAACACAAGGUUUCUCAUAGCAACAAUCCGUUAAAUCUUGUGAUUGAGCCUCGUGUUCCUUGCGACUGCAGGUCUCUCGAAUGCAAUCCGAACCAGGAAGAUUUCUGGCACCGACAACUUCCAGCGAAAAAAGGGAAGGGUCGCUUGGCGUGGGGCGGAUCCUCAACCUCAACACAAAGAACUCCGGUAAAGCAAGAGUGUGCGACUCUAGAGAGGAAAUAUAUCGUUGAGCGGAGCAAGGUGUGA